GCACAGAGGCAGUACAGCAGCCUGGGAAAAACGCGGGUAAAAACAAUGAACUUGCCCAUCGUUCCUUCUGGACCAAUGGGCGGUGCUGAUCUGUGAUCGCUCACUCGGCAAACUGCACAAGCAAACAGCGCUGUUGUUAGCGGUCCGUCUGCGAAAUCUGCUCGAAUAUUAUUUACUGACCUACAUCUCAGAGAAAGGCCCGCAAAUUUACUUAAACAUUUUAGUCGAAACUGCGAACGCGCGGAACGAAACAACAGGCAGGAUGGGCAAAGUUCAAGGGGGCAUGAAAUGCGUGAAAUACCUGCUUUUUGUCUUCAACUUCAUAUUCUGGUUGUCAGGAUCACUUGUGUUGGCGGUGGGAUUAUGGCUGAGGUUUGACCCAGACACGACCUCCCUCCUUGGCGAAAAUGAUGCGCCUGAAAACUUCUUCAUUGUUGUGUACAUCUUGAUCGGAGCUGGAGGUGUCAUGAUGUUGGUGGGGUUCUUGGGCUGUUUUGGGGCCGUGAGGGAGUCACAAUGUCUUCUGGGAUCGUUCUUCGCUUGUCUUCUGGUGAUAUUUGGCGCAGAGAUUGCUGCUGGAGUCUUUGGCUUUUGGAACAAAGAUAAGAUCAUUAAAGAUGUCCAAAACUAUUAUGAGUCCAUUAUGGAAAAUGAGAACACUACUAUUGUUACCUCCGUGUAUCACAAUGUGCUUGAGUGUUGUGGGACUGAGUCCACUCGCCCCCCUUCAUUGUGCACUGUUAACAGAUAUGACAAGGAUUGUGUCAAAGCUAUAGAUGAUUUCUUCAAAGAAAAACUCCUCAUCAUUGGAUAUGUUGGCAUUGGCAUCGCAGGUGUUAUGAUAAUUGGCAUGGUCUUCAGCAUGGUCCUGUGCUGUGCUAUUCGGAACAGCAGAGAAGUUAUUUAGGUUCCUCACGGAUCCCCCUCAUGGACCUCAUCAGACCAGCACAUGCAGGGUUGGGUACAGGGAGAAGAGACUCCCAUAAGGCAUUGUGGGUCUUGUGAUACUAUUUUGUGAACAGCAUUCUGUAUCUGAUUCUUCCUCUGUUUUAUUUUCAUUGUGUUUGAAGAUGGCCUCCACUGCAUGGACCAUUACUGCUACUGUAACCACAUUAACUUGUACAUUUAUUAUGUCUUAAAUUCUUUUUUACUGAAUCCUUGAUAUGAUCAAAUGGGAAAUUUCAGGCAAUGUAAAUCCCUUUUUUUAAACUUGAACACCAUAAAUAUAGAGUUCUUGUGUCGUCUCUGCUUGCUUCCACCGCUUAAAGGGAUAGUUCAGUCAAAAAAUGAAAAUUAUCAUGUCGUUACAAACCCAUAUGACUUCCUUACAUCCGUGGAACACAAAAGGAGAAGUUAGGCAGAAUGUUAGCCUCAGUCACCAUCCACUUUCAUUGCAUCUUUUUUCCACACAACGAAAGUGAAUGUUGACUGCGCAUGAUACUCUGCCUAACUUCCACAGAAGAGUGUCUAAAGGGUUUGAACAACAUGAGGGUGAGUAAAUGAGUUUGAGAUGUAAUAGUUACCUACUGAUGUAAAUAAGCUUUCUGAUGCCUUUCAUUGAUCAAUUGCUUUAAAUGUUAUUUAUUGUGUGAAUUAGACCAGAUUUUCUGAGGUAAUCUAGAGUUUUUAGAUUAUGGGUCACAUUGAUUACAUUUUUAUUCUGUUUUGCAUGUCAUGUUGGUUAUUAAUGUUUGUCAGAAGUCUUUGAUUUGCCAUAUCAUAUGAAUACUGGCCAUGAUUUCAGUAUCUUAAAUGAGUGUAACUAACCAAAACCAUUGACAAACACACUCAUAGACCAAUCGUGUCACCCUUAAAGUCAAUAUGAAUUCCAAAUGGACUCCAUUUACUUUCUUAAUACAUGUUUCUGGCCGUAUUGUGCAUUAUAUAUUAGUGCACAGUAGUUAAGAAAAAAAAAUAAAAUAAAAUUGUCAUCAUAAACUUUGAAAUGUGAUAACUUGCUCUGCAUUUCAAAUUACUUUUUUAGGCUAGUGUUACCAAGACCACAUUAACUAUAUUGGUUGAUGUUAACCAACUGCCAAAUAGCUAUUUAGAUGUUGUUUUAAGCUAUGUAUUGCAAUAGUUAACAUGGUCAUUUACAGUUUGUCUCAAUAGCUUUGUAUCUUUUUUAAACAGUCUUAACAUUCUCUAAGCUGUAAGUGCAAUUAUCACAACUGUUUUAUUGGAUAUCUCAAUUCUAUUGCAUGUCUGCAAAAUGUAGUAACUCACCCAAAACAUUUAAUUCAUGCUUCAAAACCUAGUUAUUGGAUCAGUAAACUGGCCAAAGCCACCGAAAUGAAAUUAUUUUGUCAUUGUCAAAUGUUAACAGAAAAUUCACAUUUGUAUGUCCACAUUUCUUACAUGUAAAGUCAUAUAUAGGAGACCUAGUGAGACUUAGUUGGGAAAACUACGGUUGCUGUUGGAAGAGGUAUUAGGGAGGCCAGCCCCCCUGUGGUCUGUGUGGGUCCUAAUGCCCCAGAAUAGUGAUAGGGACACUAUACUGUAAAAAGGCUUCUUUUUGAUGAGACGUUAAACUUAGGUCCUGACUGUCUGUGGUCAUUACAAAUCCCAAUUUCCCCCAUAGGCCCUUAUCAAUCAUGGCCUCCUAAUAAUCUCCAUCCAUUAAUUGGCUGUAUCACUCUACUCUCUCCUCUCCACAAAUAGCUGGUGUGUGGUGAGCGUAUUGGCUAUGGCUGCUGUCGUAUCAUUCAGGUGGAUGCUGCACACUGGUGGUGGUUGAAGAGAGUCCCCAUAUACUAUGUAAAGCUCUUUGAGUGCCUAGAAAAGUGCUAUAUAAAUGUAAUGAAUUAUUAUUUUAGUGAACAGACAAUUGGCACAAAAUGCCAUCAUGCAAAAACAACAACAAAAAACCCUGCAACAAUGAAAAACCCUGCAGUAUUUAUGUAAAAAAACAAUAAAUACUACCUCCUCAAAAUACGGAACACUACAAGUUCCCAUCUUCUUGGUGGACAUCCUGUCGCUCUUGUUGGUCUGGCCAGAGAUUCAGCUGACAUCACAAACAUUUGAUGUCAUAGAUAUUUAUGGAAUAUACAUGUACUAUUUGUCUGACAGAUUUUGAUAAUUGAAUGGAUAAUUUUGCAUGUGAUGGCUCACAUAAUGAAAGAAUGUUUAGAAGUUGUGAAGAAUGACAAUUUCACUGAGAACCAACUCAUCAGUUUUGAUCAGCAAGCCAUGUGCAUUUAGAUAUUGUGCAAAUUAUAGACAAUUGUACUUACUCUUUUGCACACAUGUGUCAAUACACAGGCAAUUUUAUUAAAUGAAUAAGAAAUUCAAAUCUGGUGUGAACAAGAAGCUAAUUGUUUAGAGAUUUGAACUUACUGUUUUGAAAAAAAUAAUUCUCAUUCAAGAACUGAAACAAAGCGAUAGAGAAAAAACUGUAAUACCUGUUAAUGUACAUUACAGCAAUAAUAGCAGGUGAUCCCAUGAAUUCUCAACAGAUAAAAUAAUGUUCUUGAACAGCAUUUUUGUUUAGUAUUGUUUCACUUGGAAAUACAUUACAUUGUUGUGUAUGCAUUUCAUGUUGGCUUUGAAGUGUCACGUGUUUAACAACGGAGCACUCUUAUUUUCUUUUAGUAGCAUAACCAAGUAACGUAUCAGAAAAUAAGCCUUCAACUAAGAGUACUUGCCCCUUUCUGGACUUUGGGUUUGAUAGAUAUGUGCCUUUCUAAUAAAUAAAGCCCCACAGUAAUGUUUGCAAUUACAAUAAUGUGCACCAUCAGGUUUGUAGUUGCUUUUAGCUUCAGGUAGUUAUUCUUCAACUUGACUUUUUUUUUUAUUGUAUUUUAUAGCAUUUUGUUGCAUGU